CAAAUCAUUCAAUCCUUUGUGACGUUCGUGGUGAACUAUACCAUGUUGCUCGGGCUACCGUGGUUUACUUUUCCAUAAACUGUAUGCUUAAGGGAACUUGUGAAUUUGUUGGGGAUCAUAGUUGUUUGCGCUUGAAACAGCAUUAUCGUUCAUCUCAAACAAGUUGUGCAAGGAUACUAGUGUGUAAGAAGUUACAAGUACAGUCAAUUACAUAGUAUCAAGGCAUUGUACAAACUGUGCACGACAUACAAAUAGGGAAAUCCUGGUAACUUACCAUAUUGUGUGAUACAAACGAUAGAAACAAAAAUGUCAGUAUUGAAUCAAAGUGGAGAAGAUGCUGUGGAGUGUCCAUUGUGUAUGGAACCAUUGGAAGUGGAUGAUUUGAAUUUUUUUCCAUGCACCUGUGGUUAUCAGAUAUGUCGGUUUUGCUGGCAUAGAAUUCGAACUGAUGAAAAUGGAUUAUGUCCAGCUUGCCGGAAGGCCUAUUCUGAAAAUCCUGCCGAUUUUAAACCACUCAGUAUGGAAGAAAUAGCAAGAUUAAAAGCAGCCAAAAGAUUGAAAGAUCAGCAACGAAAGCAGAGAGUAACAGAAAACCGUAAACAUCUAGCUAAUGUGAGAGUAGUACAAAAAAAUCUAGUAUUUGUAGUAGGAUUACCAUUGCGACUUGCUGAUGCUGAUGUAUUAAAGCGACACGAAUAUUUCGGAAAAUUUGGAAAAAUUCACAAAGUGGUAAUAAAUCAAAGCACUUCCUACGCAGGGUCUCAGAGCCCUAGUGCUUCAGCUUACGUUACUUAUCAACGUCAAGAAGACGCACUACGUGCUAUAGAGGCUGUGAAUAAUGUUAUUAUGGACGGACGAACAAUAAAAACGUCAUUAGGAACAACAAAGUAUUGUUCACAUUUUAUGCGUAAUCAGCCUUGUCCGAAACAGGAUUGUAUGUAUUUACAUGAUCUUGGGGACCAGGAAGCAUCAUUCACAAAAGAGGAGAUGCAUCAAGGCAAACAUCAGGAGUAUGAGCGAAAGCUUGUGCAAUCGUUGAACGCAUCACAUGCAUCUGCUCAACGGAAACCAAUACCAUCGCCAUCCGUAACUGGUAACAUCGUUCGAGAAAAUGGUACUUCAAAUCCUCAAGCAAAAGAAGCUUGGCCAUCGUUACAGACUGGACAAAUAAAUAGUACACAAACAAAUUGUAAAGAAUUAUCACCACCGUCACAAGUAGCAUCACAACCGAACAACAUAACGAAUGGAAGUAGUACAACAAAUCAGCAGAGUCAUGUAUUAUCUGGUGGAUCCACGCAUCAACAAAACAAUAAUAACAAAGGCGAAAGUAUGAAUUUGCGGAGAGGGAAAAGUAAUAGUGAAAGUAAGGCACAGGCAGCGCGUAACAAACAUAAAAAUUGUCAAAAUAAAGAAAAACAUUGUACAAGGACAACUUCACGAUCCGAAUCAAGCUCUAUCAGUGUGCAAAAUAAUGUACCGCCACAAAUUAAUGGACAGAAGGAUAUUAGAAACUUUUCAUCUGAAACAAAUAGUGAUGUAAUACAAAAAUUGGGUAGUAAGUGUAAAUCGGAGCAGCAACAGCAGCAACAACCACAACCAUCGUCGCAACAACAGCAUCAACCACCCCCUAUGCAUCUUCAACAGCAGCCACAACAAAAUAAUAAAGGAUCGAAAUUUGUGCAACAGCAACAACAAACGUCUCAGGAACUUAAAGUAAAUGGAGUAGUGCAAAACGGCGAACGUCGACAUUCAGAUAGUGAAACCGAUCAACAACGUGAAGGUAGCACACCAGCUAGUACAAUUUCAAGUACAGAAGAUUCGAAUGUGAUUCACCAAGUGGAACAUUUAACAGAAUCAAGUGAGGAGAACAAUGGUGCUGCUAUUUUGGGUUCCUCUCCGGCUAGCACAAAUUCAUCACAAGGUGCCAAUCAACAGCCACCACCAGGAUUACAUAAUGGGUCUCAAAUGCAACUCAGUCAUCGGUCAAUCUUUCAGGCGGACAAUAACAGCUUCUUCAGUUCAAACACUUUCCAGAAAAUCUCUACCACCACCUCAGUGCCACCUACUUCUUUAACAGCAAACCCAAAUCUGAGUUGGUCAAGCACAGGUUUAACUUCUAUUCCUGACUCGUUGCCAAUGGUUCAGUCCAGCGAGGAUUGGCAAGCAGCUUUUGGUUUUCCACCCGAGACAUCACGAACAAAUCAUGUUGUACAAAAAUCGAGUCCUUCUAGUUCGCCAGGAGUCACUUUCAAUUCCGAUGGUUUUGUAGAUGAAGAAGUUUACAACAACCUGCAAUAUACCACAAUUUCAGAACCUUCUGCUAGUUUUACCUCGAAUUUGCUUGUUAAUUCUCCAGCAUCCAAAUUUAUGGCUGAUUUUCAACAAAAUUCUUUACAACAGAGGCUUGCUAUGCAGGCACAACAAAAUCAAGAGAAUUGUGAAUAUAUAAAGCAAAAUGGUCAUGCUACUUUGGAGGAAGUUCGAAAUCACAAAGAAUCUGGGUCAGAUAUUAAAGCUGAUGAUGAUUUAGGUUUUGAUCCUUUCCACGAAACACAAAAAGCUUUAGCCGAACUUAUGGAAAAUGAAAUGCAAUUGCAACAGCAGAGGUUGUUUCAACAGCAACAACAACAGCAGAGAGAACGAGAAGAGCAGAAUAGGGUACAGCACCAACAAAAUAUUGCGAAUCUUGGUCAACAGCACUAUCCACAGGUUGCUCAUAUAGCGCAUCUACAACAACAGGCCCAGCACUUACAAAAUCUACAGGUUCUCCAACAGUCGCAUUCCCUACUUUCUCGUCUUCCACAAAAUUUAUUACAAAGUGGUACACAAAGUCCUGCUCAAAACAACGUGGCUGCAGCUAGUUUGGGGCAACGUAGUCGUCAUCCACCACCAGGUUUCCCUGGUUCUACACCAAAUCACAUGAAUUCUUUUGGUCUUGGUAUACCGCGACCAGCUCCCACGAAUGGUGCUCUUUCGGGAGCACAACCGCCGCAGCAAAACGCGUAUCUUCCAAACGGAAACCCCCUUCUGAAUUCGCAAGGCAUUAGUAAAUGCGCGGGUGAUGCAGUAUAUACGCUUAAGGAUUGGUGUGAUAUUAAUAAUCAACAGCAACAACAACAAUUUCAUCAUCAAGCAUUACAUCAAAAAGGAGGGUGGAACAACUUCGGACCUAUUGCAGACUGGACUUCGAUUGAUCCAGCUAUUGUUAGUUCUUCUAGGCCUCUUCCAUUCCAAACCACGAGUACAUGGCAGUUUCCACAUGUUCAUCCUACACAUACUGUUUCACAUAAUGCGCAACAGGAACAACAGAACGCACCAACACAACAUUGGGCAAUGCAACCACCUCCUGGUUUUGCUGCACCAGCGACUACGGGACAACUGAGUAAUCAACCAAGCACAACUGCACAGCCGCACACCAAACUAAUCUCUGCAGGAUCGGAAAUCGAAAAUCUAUAGAUAAAUACGAGUACGCGAAAUGUACAACUGUAUGAUAAAGAAACAUCCAUACGAGACGAGAUGAAAGUCAGCAGUGAUACAAAAAAUACCCGACAGUCUGUUCCGUACGUUUUCCUGACCCGUGUCUAUAUCUUUCAAAUAUAAUUUUAUUUUAAUGCUUUAUCUGUUCUCACUGGAUAAGAUUUAUCGUUGAACAAAGUAUUGAAGGAUACUGAAAUAUAAUUUCAUCGAUACUUUCGAAUAUAUGCGACGAAUAUAUUCCUAUGUACGUUUUCGAUGAUAUUCUCAUAUUUAACCUUAGUAAAUUCGAACUAUCUACAAGUCUGGCAGUCUUGUUAUUAAUUAUAACUGAUUACGUUUUACUGUAGACCAAGCUACACAGGUGUCAAAUUAAAGACAAUGAUCAUGAUUUACUAAUUAACACUUAAACAAAGAUACUUACAAUGGUAUAACUAUGAAACAAAUAUAUACAUAUAUAUAUAUAUGUCAUUCAGACUUCAGUAAAUUUAUUCGAGUGGGAAACGGAAUAUGCUUCUUUGUGUAAAUAACAUUUUCAAAACAGAUGUCACAAGAUAAAAAGUGCACAGGACACCACAAUUCAGAAGCAACUUUUCUCUUGAAUACGUUAUAAAGUCUUAUUUAAAAAGAAAUAAUCCAACAUCUGAAAUUAUGUUAACAAGAGAAAAUGAUUGACAUUGAACACGUCUUUUUAUUUAAACUAUAGCAACGUACUACAUUUAUACUACAAAAUGCUUAUAUAACGACGACGUUAGAACAAAUUUUUUAACAGAACAUUAUCUAUUUGUCUGUUUCUAGGCAAAGGGUUUCUGUUAUAAAUAUAUAUAUAUAUAUAUUAUAAGUAUGUAUUAUUAUUGUGAAAAUGCGCAGAUAGACACAUGCUAAUAAAUGAAACUGAAAUGUAAAAAAUUAAGGAAGAAGUGACCUGUUGCUUUUUUCUGGGAUGGUUGUCUGAUCUGAAUUUGUAAUUCUUCGGUCUUUGACGAGUUUUACAUUAAAUUAUCUUCAGAAUGAA